AGGGUUUUAAUCGUCGCCAAUUUUCUCCACUGAAUCUCUGAAUCUCUGUCUCAUUUUUCGAAUAUUUCUCACACACCCACCACCCAUCUAAACGUACAGAAACCAACAAAAAAAAACAGUGAUUAGAAAAAUGCAAAAUUUCGGUGGUCCCGGAGGUCCGAUGUAUGGAGGAGCUGGUGGUGGUGGUGGAGGACCACCACGGGGUCCACCACAGCAACCGCCUCAACCACAGGGUGGUGGUGUUGCAGUGCCGUUUCCGAUUCCGCAGGGUAUCACUCAGGCUCAUUAUCAUCAGUAUAAGCAAGAGCUCACAAACUUCCAACAAAAUCGGCUUGCCCUGCUGAAUCAGGCGCUGAACAGAGGCCAGCUGACACAUGAACAAUUUCAACAGGAAGUUCAUAAUGUGAACGAGAGGAUUCGCGGAGCAAUGACUCAAUACGCGGCACAAUGCAGUCAACGGGCAGCGGCGGCUCAGCAGCAGCAGCAGCAGCAGAAUCAGGCGGCGGGACAAAUGCCGCCACCUCAGAUGGCACCUGUGAUGAUGAGUGCAGCUGAAAAGAAGAAGCAGAUGGAAAUGCAGAAGCACCAACGGAUGGCUCAGCAGCAACAAAUGCAACAGCAGCAGGGAGGAAUGAGCUUUCCACCUGGAUCGACACUUCAGCAGCAGCAGCAGCAGAUGAGGAUGCAGUUUCAACGACAGCAGCAGCAGCAGCAACAACAACUUCAGCAAAAUCCACAGAAUCAGGGUUACGGUAGAAUGGGCGGAGGGCCACAGUACCCUGGAAUGCAGCAACAGCAGCAGUUGACACAUCAGAAUCCUGGAAUGCAGCAGCAGCAGAUGCAACAACCACAAAUGCAACAGACGCCGCAAUCCCACGGCCCGAUUCCGGUCUCGAAUCCGUCGUCUGCUCAGCAAAUGCAAUACUAUCAGCAGCAGCAGCAGCAGCAGCUCCAACUUCAACAAAAUCAGCAAAUGCAAAUGCAGCAGCAACAAAUGCAGCAACAUCAGCAGCAGCACCCGGGAAUGGGUGGUCCAGAGAUGGGUGGUCAUAUGCAUGCUCAGCAGGGAGCUCCAGGCUCUCAGGCAGCACCAGUUCAGCAGCAGCAACAAAUUCAGCAGCAGGCGCCUCCUCAAGCUCCAGCUGAAAAGACGGAAGAUAUGAAGUACAAGGAGCUGCUGAAAGAGAUGAAGCUUCAGUACUUGGAGGCUCUGCAAGGAAUGCAACGGCGGCAGGCUCAGCAGAAAGGUCUCGUGCAGAUGGUGAAUAUACUUGAAGGCGAUCGAAUCGUCAGCUACGAUCAUCUGCUGAGUCUGAAGACCCCUCUGCAUCGCCUGAUGACCAGGGAUUGCCCGACGUUCCCACUGAUGGAAGAGAUCCGGAAGGUUGUGUUCAAGAAGAAGGAGGAUCGAGAGAAGGCGAUGUUGAUGAGCUUUGUUGGGGAGAAGGAUAAUCUUAGUGCACAGGUGGAAAGUGCGGAUAAACGACUCUCCGAGCAGUCGAAGGAUGAUGAUCCGAUGGGGGUGAAGCCGUGGCGAUCGGUGAAGCAUUUGACGAUUCGGGUGCCGGAUUUUGUGAGGAAUCUCACUGGGAAUGAGGAUAGGAAGGCGUUUCUGAAACGGCCACGAGCGGUGUCCGCGGAGGAAGAUGAAGCUGUGGUGGGGGCGAAGAAGGUGAAGGAAGAGGAGCAGGAUGAUACGUCGAGUCAAGCAUCCGAAGAUGAGGAUAUUAGUCUGAUACAGUCGGAGUUUGUGAUAAAAACCGUAUUUGACUCGCGAAAACCAUGGAUCGUACCACCAAAAGCUCGAGAAGAGCUCUCGAAUAUUUCCCACUGGAAUGUGGAUGAGCACUGUCUCCCAUCGUGCUCCGCUACUCCGUUCAUCAUUGUCUGCAUCAAAUCUCCAUCACUUUUAGUCAAUCCACUGCGUAUUUCUCUUCCACGUACCUACCCAAUUGAUCCGGCCACUGUACAAUUUGAUCGAACAUUCCCACAGGACUCGGAGCACGGUCCAGUACUUCAGAAGCUGUUUGAGAAGAAUCUGGGAGCCAAGACCACGGUUCGAACUAUGACUGAUUUUGUGGAAGCCUACUGCUCGGCGUGUGAAGAAUAUCAGAUUUUUAUGCCAAAGUAUAAUAACGAGUCGUCCCCAGAGCAAUCUUCCCAACCCGGAUCCGCACAUUCGUCUCAACAACAGAAAACGCCUGAAAUGGCUUACCACUCACGCCUCCCCGCAGCUGUCUCGAAUCCGAUUAUAGCUCAAAAAGGAAUUGUUAUCUGAGAGAGAAAAGCCCAGAAAAGGCCCAAUUGGAUUGUAUGCACUGUGAUACUUGUUCGUGGAAUUUUAAUUUUUUUUGUCUUCUGCCUAUUUUAUUUCUUCAUUUUUAAAAAAAUCGAAAAAUUGAUCGAUCCGUGAAUUUUGCAGCGUGGCGGCACAGAAAUAGAGGCAGAGCUUAAUUUCGCAAUCCUGCGGCGCAGUUUUUCUACUUUUUUUUUGAAAAAAAUCAACAAAAAAAACAGUGGAAAAACCAUGCCGAAAGGUUGCAAAAUUACACUCCGCCUCUUUUUCUGUGCGGAGCUGCUGCGAAAUUCGAAAAAUUGAGAAAAAAAAUUCCUGUAAAUAAUUUUUGUACUUUUCUGAAAAAAAAACCAAUCCAAAAAAAAUUUCCUCAAUUUUUCGUCAUUUUCAAUUUUUUUUUUUCUGUUGUAUUUUUCUCCCCUCUUGCUCAUUCAUCUCCUUUUUAAUCGAUUUUUCCCAAUUUUUUUUUCGGUAACCGUCUUCUUGUCUGUAAUUAUAGAAUGAAUUUUUCACAAAAACGCAAAA